UGUUAAUUGGAUGCCUAUAUAGGGAGACUCAGAGUCACCCAAAAAUGGAAACCAUACUGAUCUUAUCUAAUCUGGUUCAGGAUAAAAAAUUAAAGAAAAAGCUUGUUGGUGAUCAAUGGAACAAGUAGUUAAACAUCCGCCACCGCCAGCGGCAGCACCUAGCGCUUCCUCACCCUUGGCUAAUCCUGUUUCGGUUAUUGGACCUCAGUACUGUUGUCCUCAACCAGUUGACCUGGUAAUGGUCGGAAAGGUUUGGACCUUAACGGAGGGCAACUUCACCGUCACGGACAUCAAUGGGAAUAUCAUGUUCAAAAUCAAAGCGAAAUCUUUUAGCAUGCACGACUGCCGACUCUUACUUGAUGCUACUGGAAAUCCCAUUUGCACUCUUCGACCCAAGAUAAUGACUGCUCAUGAUAGAUGGCAAGUUUUCAGGGGAGAAAGCACUGAAGAAAAAGAUCUCAUAAUUACUGUGAAGCGAUCUUCAAUGAUCCAAGUUAAGUCCAAAUUGCAUGUGUUCUUGGGAAACAACCCAAAGGAGGAUGUUUGUGAUUUCAGGGUGGAAGGAACCUGGUCGGAAAGAUCCUGCGUCAUUUAUUCUGGAGAGUCUAACACAAUUGUUGCUCAAAUGCACAAGAAGGUCAGUGUUGAAAGCGUGUUGCUUGGAAAGGACAAGUUUAUGGUGACAGUGUAUCCCAAUGUGGAUUAUGCGUUCAUAGUGGCUCUCGUCGCUAUCCUUGAUGGGAUUAACCAACAAAUGAGAUCUGCUUGAUUAGUGAAUAUCAGAAUCGGUUGCAAUGCAUGCAUAAUUUCAGCAAAAUAUAUUUGUUUUAAAACCUAUGGUUGUGUUAUAUGAGUUAGAAUAAGGAAAAUAUUACUGCAAGUUUGGCUUGUUCCCCCCUCCCCCCCCUCUCUCUCUCUCUCUCACUCUCUCUUUGUUUCUUACCUUCCAGCUUUCACUGCAAUAACAUAGUAAGACGCAAACUGUUUGAUGUUUG